UGAAAAAACCCAACUGAAUCUCCAAUUUAUACCUCUUUCUCUACCCCUCUCUCUCUAUUCUCUCUUCUCUCUUCUCUCUCUACGCAGAAAGAGAAGCACAGCAGUGAUCGAUUUGUUCUUCCCCUAUUUGGCUUUCUCAAUCAUCAACAAACGCAGAGACAGAGAGAAGAGACGAGAAGGAAACCCAGAAAACGAAGUUUGUUUGGGUGGAAGCAUCAAUGCCUGCUCAGAAGCGUAACUCAUCUUCAGAGAAUCUUCUUCACGAUGACGACUCUCUGCAACAGCACUACCGUCGCAAACAAUCGCGGCCUGAACGAGGAGGAGCUGAAGAAGAAGAAGAAGAAGAUGAUGAAGAAGAUAAGCGAGACGAUGAAGAACUGAAAGAAGGAGAUGACCCAGAAGGAGAGGAUUCCGAUGGAAGCCGCUCGUCUGAUGACCCUGCGAAACUAUCCGAAUGGCUAUUUGUGCAGUUACCAGCCCUUCGUACCUAUGUACAAUGUCCAAUUUGUCUAGGGAUCAUUAAGAAAACAAGAACUGUUAUGGAAUGCUUGCACCGCUUUUGCAGAGAGUGCAUUGACAAGUCGAUGCGUAUGGGGAACAAUGAGUGUCCUGCUUGCCGCACACAUUGUGCCAGUCGACGAUCUUUGAGAGAUGAUCCAAGAUUUGAUGCCAUGAUUGAGAGUUUAUAUAAUGAUAUUGAGAAGUAUGAGGAGGAGGAAUUGGCUUUUCAUGAAGAGGAGAAGACUCGCAAUAAGCAGAUUCAAGCAUCAAUUGCUCAAAUUUUUCAACGACAAUCUGAAGCACUGGUAACGAGGCGCCAAAAAGGUAAAGAUACAGCUUCUGCAUCCAAUGCAAGAUUACCACGCAAUGGUAAUGCUUAUUCUAGAAGAAGAAGAAAGAACCGAGGUGCAGAGCCUGAAGGAUCUGAAGAUAACGAGGAAGAAAAUAAUCAUGAUGAGAAUAAAGAUUCAUCAUCAACUGAUGAGCGUGGAACAGAAACUAAGCAGAGGAGAUACAAGAGAAGGGCAGGAGCUCAGUCAUCCCGGCCUUCUCUAUCAGCUGUAACUGCAGAUGGUGGAGCUAUUGAAAAUGAUUUAGAAGCAUACAAAGAAGGCAAAGCUGCUUCUUCUGGGCCUGUGCGAAACCCUGAAAUUCUUGCUUGGGGUGGAGGUGCUGCUCGGAGCAAGAGUGUCCGGAACACCCGCAUAAUGAAACUGACUAAAUAUUUUGGUCCUGCGAACUUAAAGAAGAAUGAUGAUAAGUUAGAUGUUCAUCUCAUGCUAACGUCUUUGGACAAACAACGAAUGCCAAGUUUGCAGCAGCUGUACCUCUGUUGCCCACCACGCUUUUCAGUUGAACACCUUAAAAAAUAUGUUGCUCGUGAGACACAAUUACGGGCUGAUGAUAUUGAAAUACUAAUGGUGAUGAAGCAGCUGAAUACCAAUGAUCUGCAGUCCACCCUUCUUGACCCGUUAACCUCAAUGGAAAACCAAGUUGUGUUCCAAAUUUUGCAUGGGCCGGAACCUUUGGCAGAUCUCCGACCCAAUGGGGCAUCAAUUCCGAACCAUUUGAUUCUGGCAUAUCGGCUGAAGGGGAGAGAUUAAGAAGUUCAACAUGGAUCUAUUGCAGGCUUUAGUUGACGAACUGUGAAUGAACUGCUGCUGAAGGGAUAUAUGGCUGAGGCUGGCUGUUUCUGAUCCUGAUGAAGAUCAUGUGAUCUAUGUUUUAAAUCUAUAGUUGAGGGCUCUAAACUUGUAAAAAACCAUGUCAAAAAUACAAAUAACAACUUGGAUGUUUUAUGUAUUAUCUUUGGAAAAUCUAUAUGGAGUUUACUAUUGAACUUGUAUGAA